CGCGCUGGAAACGAAAUUAAUUUUAAACCUGCGACCGGAAAAAUAAUGCUCGUUACCUUGGAGUUCGCUGAAAGAAUCCGGAAGAAGAAGUGUAUUUCAUGUGUUAAUAAUACACAUCCGUACGUAAUGGACUGCGAUUUGUGCUAAUAUGAAUAUUUAGUGAAAUUAAACACGACUAAGAAACUGUAGAUAUGGACCUGAAGCAGGACAUCGACGAGGCCACUCUGAAUGAGACAAUAUCGAACUCAUCCUCAUCUUACACGAUCAACGGUCUUCUGAAUUCGCUGAAGAACACAAACACCGACUGCCACGAGUUCCACCAGCAGAAGUACGAUUUUUUGGAUAACAUCAAUGCGUCGGAGGAGGCAUCGACGAGCUCGGGAACUCUGAAGAGAAAACAAAGAAGAUACAGGACGACGUUUUCCAAUUUCCAAUUGGAGGAACUGGAAAGGGCCUUCCACAAGACCCAUUAUCCGGACGUGUUCUUUCGCGAAGAGCUCGCAUUGCGCAUCGAUCUGACGGAAGCGCGUGUACAGGUUUGGUUUCAAAAUCGACGAGCCAAGUGGCGCAAACAGGAGAAAUCCAUCAACAAACACAGCGUCAACAGUUCCGUUAAUAUUCCAAUGAAUAUUCAAGCCUGCUCGACUCCGUUGGAAAGUCCUUUGUUAAACUUUUCUGGAACGGAAAACCAUUUAUCUUCAAAUCUGUUCCUGGGAUUGGAGUGGCCACCAUUGGGAAACUCGUUGCACUUCCAGCAAGGUUCUGGGAGCGGCAUGGAUGCCGGACAAGAUGAGCUUUUGGAUGUUCAAUUGAAUGACAGGCUCAACGAGACCGUACUAAUUGCUGACAGAAUAACGAACUCCUUGCAGCAGAACGUCAUGCUUAACGACAGCAUCCUGCUGUCCGACGAGCUUAACAGUAGGAUCGAAAACAGUAUUGGCUUGAGCUUGGUGGAUGGGCAAGACGAUGACAUCUCCAUAGACUCUGAUCUGCUCACGUUAAAGCCAAAGCAGCUUCACGACCAAACUUGCAACCACGAUUGAGCUUCGCAUCUCAUCCGUAUCUUAAUAAUUUUUCUUUUUAUUCUGUGAUUCUUUUCAUAUACAUAUAUAUUUCAUUGUUACAGU